GGAUAUCGUUCGGUAUUAGUUUGCGGGGUUAGCUCGCCAUGCCAAGGGGUUAAGCCGGGAAGUUGACUCGUCCAAGAAUGGGGAGAAAGCUUGGAGCUUUGAGCUGUCGAGCUUGGCAAGCAACUGCAGGCAAGAGCUUCCCGUCCGAGCUUGAGGGGUCGAAGGGGCUGGGAACCAACAAUUGCGUGAUCUGGGGCCCCCCAGUCCGUCGUUCUAUGACGUUCCAGACUGUAUAAAAUCCAACUUUGCCCAACAAGCAACUCUUACUCUCUCUGUCCUACUCCGGCUUAUUUUCGGAUUCCCCAAGCUCUUGAGAAUCGUAGCAUCUGAAAGUUGUCCUGUGCGUCCUUGUGUCCUGGACAUCAACGUCUGGACCAUGCAUCUCCACGCAACUGGUGGACUUGGGGCAAAGCUCCUCGUCGUCGCGGCGACUUUGUGCGAGCUGUGCUCAGCCGUUCCUGUCGAGGAUAGUCCCCGCCAACGCCUGCUGCUGGGCCUGGACCUGCCGCCGAAAUACAACACAUACAAGGGCUCUAAGGAGGCACCGCCCUACACGCCGGGCAAUGAGGAUCCCCUCGACCACUUCAUCGACGCCGUUGGCGAAAAGCUAGACCCUCUGCCAUGGCGCAACGGCGAGGGCGCUUCGGUUCUCGGCCCCUGGAACAGAGACCGUGCCAGGCAGGGUCCGGAUCUCGUACGCCCGCCAAGCACGGACAAAGGUAGUAUGGCGAAUAUGCGAUGGAGCUUUGUCGAUUCUCACAUCAGAAUCGAGGAAGGUGGCUGGACUCGCGAGACGACAAUCCGAGAGCUCCCCACAAGCAUUGAACUUGCAGGCGUAAAUAUGCGCCUCGAGGAAGGCGUUAUCCGCGAGUUGCACUGGCAUAAGGAAGCCGAAUGGGCAUAUGUGCUGGAAGGCAAGGUCCGCAUCACAGGGCUUGACUAUGAAGGCGGCAACUUUGUCGACGACCUCGAGAAGGGCGACCUCUGGUAUUUCCCAAGCGGAGUGCCUCACUCCCUGCAGGGUCUCAGCCCCAAUGGCACCGAGUUCCUUCUGGUCUUCGACGACGGUCACUUUUCCGAGGAUUCGACAUUCAUCCUGACAGAUUGGUUUGCCCAUACGCCGCGUUCCGUGAUUGCGAAGAACUUCCAUCUCGCCCCUGAGGUUUUCGAACACGUUCCUAAGGACGAGAAGUACAUCUUCCAGGGGACUCUGCCAGGCAGCGUCGACGAGGAGCGGCCGCGCGGCAGGGGGGCCAAGAAGUCGAAGCACCAAUUCACCCAUAAAAUGCUGGAUCAAGAGCCAAAGGAGACAACUGGCGGCCAGGUCCGUAUUACCGACUCAACCAACUUUCCCAUCUCGAAGACGAUCGCUGCUGCCCACGUCAUCAUUGAGCCAGGCGCACUCCGGGAAAUGCACUGGCACCCGACAGCUGACGAGUGGUCCUACUUCAUCCGGGGCCGCGCGCGCGUGACAAUCUUUGGCUCGAAGGGCACAGCCCGGACCUUUGAUUACAUGCCUGGAGACGUGGGCAUCGUGCCCAAGAACAUGGGCCACUUCGUCGAGAACAUCGGCGACGAGCCCGUGGAGAUGCUGGAGAUCUUCCGCACCUCUGAGUUCAGGGAUCUGUCUCUGUUCCAGUGGAUGGGCCAGACGCCCAAGAAGAUGGUCGUCGACCACCUCUUUGCCGACGACAAGGAGAAUGGGGACAAGUUCUGGGACGAGGUCAAGGACGCGUGGAAGGACGAGGUUACGAAGCCGUAGGGAGGAAGGAGGAAGUAGCGCGGUACGGAGGAGCGACGGAGCAUAUAAAUAAUAGUCAUUGGAGCUAGCUUGACAUUCUUCCGUGUAUAUUUCAGUCGAAAAUAGAGAUAUCCCAGUAUUUUUUGGAAGUCAUAACGUCUCUACAUUCUGUUCUCGGGAUUCUGUCAGAAGUUCCCCGCGAUACAGGUCCAAUAAGGUCGCCUAGCCUAGAUGGAAAUGUGAGAACAGUGGAAUCAGCUUCUAGCGUUUAACCUCAGCUAAGGCAUUGC